GCCCCUUGAAAAGUGUAGCCGUUUCGUGCGCUUCCCUACGCACAACGCGUGGCGGCUGCUGCGUAUUAUUUAUUGCCCCUUCUUUCUUCUACUCCAUGCGCACGCAUUAUCUUUUGCUGGCCGCAGCAACUGUAAUUUAAAGGGAUAUCGCUUCUUUAGAAAACGCACUUCCUCCUUCUCUCGCCUGCGCAAUCGCCCAUGUCCCGCUACGCAGAGGUGAGACGCGUCGAUGGCCUUCACAGCAGUCAUGCCUCGCGUGAUGGCAGCAGCAGCGUCACUGAGCGAAAGCACGCACACGCCUAUCAAACGGUAGAGGAGCUGACGGAGCAGCUGGAGACAAAAGGAGCGGCGGCGACGGCGCCGACUCGUCCGAUGCGGGGAGAGGAGAGGCAGAGAGGACGGCGUCCCUCUGCGUCUUCUGCCCUGUUGCGGUCACCACCUUCUGCGUCUUCGCCGGCGUGGAAUGCGGCGGACGUCAUCGCGCUGUACAUGCGCCGGCAGCGCUACGCGAUUCAAAACGGCAAGGAGGAAGACGAGGAAGUCGCCGUAACCGCAGUCGCUUCGGUGGUCCGUCACUUGUCGUCUUCAUCGUCUCGACUGGACGACGGACGUUCUUUGGAGUCGUACAGUCCGAAGCUGCUGCUGCUGGGGGAUGACGGCGUCGUACAGGAGCUGGCGGCGACGCUGCGGGCGGAGGCGGAAGAGGCGAGCGCCGAGCUCCUACACAGCGACAAUCGGAAUCUUCAUCAAAAUAAAAGUAAUAGCUUCUUUCAAGGACGCCAGCCCUCGUCUCUGGCCGCCACAACGCAGCCUCCCCCCGAAGUGUACACGUUACCGGAUGCCAUCGAGGACCUCGCCGCCCUGCGCGCGGAGCUGUGCCGGUGGUGCGACGUGGUCCUCCUCUGCUACCGCGUGGUCGACCCCGCAAGCUUUGCGCAUCUGCAAAACAAAGUGAUGCCUGACGUGCUCGCUGCCUGCUCCAACGAGGGAGGAGAUGAGGAAGAGGAAGAGGAAGAGGUAGACGGUGGAGUUCGCUACUCCUCUGCCAUGCGUGGCUCAGCAGAUACGACAGGGCUGUCGCCGUCUGCUGCGUGGCCCGCUCUGUCACCGCCGUUGGUCAUCGUCGGCGUCGGGGCAGAGGCACGACUGAGUCGUCCCACCGACCUACACGCGCCGUGGAUCACCAACGCAGAGGUGCUGAGCUUUGCCGCCGAGGCGGGGGUGCAGCGUGUGGUGGAGCUCUACUCCCGCAGUCCGCGGCACGUGCGGAUUCUGCUGCAGCACUGUCGCACGUUGCGGGACGUCGGUUACGAAGGGCUGGCGAGCCCGGCGGCGCAGGGACGACGUGCGGCAUUGAAGGAGUUUUGCCUGCACGCGCUGCUGCGGGCGCCGCCGCCGCUGUUGGAGGUGCACCCCGGCAGUCGCACCGUCCACGUGGCUCUGCCGCCGCGCAUCCCGACGCCUGCAGCCGCUACGAGGUCGUCAGCGAAGAGCGGGACAGAGGAGGCGGUUCGGUGUUACUACACCGUGUCGGACGCAGCGGAUGUGGACCCCACCACCGCCGUCGUCACGGCCUCGCACCUUGUGCCAUCUAGCGGGGUGCUCUCCUUUGCAGACAUCUACGACGCCUACGCGCAGUUGACCGGCCGCCCAGCGCAGCACGCCGCGGCGGUGCAGCUGACCGCCUGCACGGCGGUGCCGUACCUCUUUCCGAGUGAGGUGGUGCACCAACGCCUCCCAACGCCUGCCGCGCCGCCGUCCGGCUUCGUCGAUGUUGUCCACCGCUGCUGCCGACUGACGAUGCCGACGUCGUCACGGCGUGGGACGUUGCGUGGGCUGCGGGGAGGGGCCGCACGGGUGUGGUGCGCCCUCGGUGACACCACCACCUCCCUCGAGGUGCCGCCCGCCAGUCCUCAAGACGAUCGUCUCGGUGCGCCGGUGUCGGUGUGCAUUCCCUUUGACGGCGCGAAGCCGUGGGUGUGUGCGACUGCCAUCGAGCAACGCACUCGGGACAAGGAUGGCGCCUGGCAGGCGUGGCCCUCCGCAGCGCCCGCGCCGUCGCAGCCACGCCUUCUCCGUGUAGUGGUGGAAGAAACAGAUGAGGGUCAGGAAGGGACGUCGGCCGCUGCCGUUUCCUCCUCUACAGCAGACACCACCUUUGUGGUCCCUCCUGUGCUGCCAGCGCCUGUAGUGGAGUACAAUGCGUUAGAUCGGUCUUUGCGCUUGCACGUCCCGGGGUAUCGGGCGGACCAGGUGGAGAUACGCUACACGUUGAACGGCAGCGUGCCGACCAGCGCGACCGGUCUGCUGUACGAAGGUGCCGUGCUCCUCAAUAAAUAUGCGGGCAGGCCCACAAAGCUCUCUUCCUCUACGGGACAAGAGGAAGAAGUGGUGAUGGUGGAUGUGCGUGCCGUAGCUUUCCCUAAGUUGUAUUUUGCGAGCCGCGUCGCAGAGGCGCAUGUCGAUGUGAGCCAAAGCGUCCAUGCGCUGGCGCCUGCGUCGUCGGCUCCGCAGCUGCAGGACGACGAGCAACUCGCGUCUACGCCUCAUGUGCAGUGGGGUAGCCCUUCACGCCCUCAACGCACGCCGAAGCGUUCGUCGUCGUCCAUUCUGCAACGACAGCGGCAGCAGAAUCACUCGCUGGGCUCCGCGCGUUCUCCGCAGGACGGCCGCAGGUCCCCACGCCGCACUUCCGCCUCGGUUGUGUCAGCUCAUCCCUUACGUGGGCGCCCUCACAGCCCUCAGCCGUAUUCCAGUGUCGGCGGCGCUUCACUGACAGGGAGUGACAACUAUUCUGUCGCGUCCGACGCGCCCACCACGCGCAGCGCACAGCUGCGGCAGGCUUUUCAUGCCGGACUGUACACACCACCACGCCAUCCCUUCUCACAGGGCGAAGGAUACACGCCCUCGCCGCGGUCGGCGAAGCGCAGCGGCAGACGCUGA